AUGUUUGAAAUAAUGGACGAAAGAUUGUUGGAUGUAAUGUGUGACUGUUCAAAACCGGUUCUAUACACAGAAAACAGUUGCAUAGUUCGUGAGGGAGAUCCAGUGGAUGACAUCUUGUUUGUGAUGCAUGGGGAGUUGUUGACAAUGACAACAAAUGGUGGGAGAAGUGGUUUUUUUAAUUCAAGUUAUUUAAAAGCUGGUGAUUUUUGUGGAGAUGAAUUGCUGAUGUGGGCUUUGGAUCCUAAUUUGUCUUCAACUCUUCUCAUUUCAACAAGAACUGCUAAACCGCUUACAGAUGUUGAAGGUUUUGCUUUGAAGGUUGAACAUCUUAGAUUUGUUGCUUCACAAUUUAGGCGUUUGCAUAGCAGGCACUUCCAACAUACUUUCAGGUGGCAUGGCGUAGACACUGUAGAAGGAAGCAAGAGGUGGCGUUGCGGGAGGAAGAAAAAUGACUGCUGGAAGCAUUGGCAAAAGGUGGUGAAACCGCCUCCCCAAGUUUUGGAGCCGCCAUUUAUGCGUCUAGGUUUGCCGCCAAUAUUUUACAUAGUUUAA